AAGUAAAAACCAUUUCUACUUCCCUUUCCCUUUCCCUUUCCCUCCAGCAAGCAAACAAACAAACAACCCCUUAUCACCUUUUCCGCGUUUGUCCCUGUCGUUUUACAUUCCAAAUCUACAAAAAGCUUCUUCUCAACACAAAUAUAGUGUUCCUUAAACGACAUAGACCAACACGUCUUGCGUUCUCUCAUGUCAACCUUCAAACAUCUAUCCAUGUUCUUCUUCUUCUUCCUGCUUUUCAAUUCUUUCUCCAUCUUUCGAUCCAACGCUAAACUCAUACCACAAGAUGAAGUGAAAUUGCUACAAACAAUAUCAGACAAGUUAGAUAACUUGAAUUGGAAGGUUACACAAAGUUCUUGCAAUGAGGAUAAUGGAUUUGGUAACAGGAACAUUUCAAAGGAUAUUUUUAGCAGUGUCACGUGUGUUUGUACUUUCAACUCUAGCACUGUUUGCCAUGUCACAAAUAUCUGGCUCAAGGGUCAGAAUAUAUCUGGAGUUAUUCCAAGUGAAUUUGGAAAUCUCACUCAACUCAAAUUACUUGAUCUCUCUAGAAAUAACUUAAAUGGUUCAAUUCCAAAGAGUCUUGGACUUCUCUCACUUGUGACAUUGGCAAUUUUGGGAAAUCAACUUAGUGGUCCAAUUCCCUCAGAAAUUGGUAAUAUUGCAACCCUGCAAAAACUGACCUUAGAGGAUAAUCAACUUGAAGGACCUCUUCCUCCCAGCCUUGGAAAUUUGAAACACUUGGAGGAUUUAAAGCUUUCUGCGAAUAAUUUUACGGGGACAAUACCAGAAUCAUAUGGAAAUCUAAAGAAUCUUACUGAUUUUAGGAUAGACGGAAGCAGUUUAUCAGGCAAGAUCCCGAGUUUUAUUGGAAACUGGACGAAACUUGAAAGAUUGGAUUUACAAGGCACGGCGAUGGAAGGUCCAAUUCCUCCUGCUAUAUCUCUCUUGAAAAGUUUGAAGGAAUUGAGAAUAUCUGAUUUGAAGGGGAACACAACCAUGACAUUUCCUGAUCUGAAAGAUUUGAAACGCAUGAUGAGACUGGAAUUGAGAAAUUGCUUAAUCACUGGUCCUAUUUUAGCCUCUAUCGGCGAAAUGCAAAGUUUAAAAACUCUAGAUUUGAGCUCCAAUAGAUUGACCGGUCCGAUUCCAGAUUCAUUUGAGAACUUGGAAAGUAUCAAUUUCAUGUUUCUGACAAACAAUUCUCUAAGUGGAACAACUCCCGGAUGGAUAUUGACCAGCAAACAGAACUUCGAUUUGUCUUUCAAUAAUUUUUCCGAUUCUUCUGCAACUAAUUGCCAGCCCUUGGACGUGAACUUAGCCUCCAGUGUCUCUUCUUCGGCAAACACUUCAUUGUCUUGUUUGAAGACGAACCUACCUUGUUCGGGAAAAUCUCAAUAUCACUCAUUGUUCAUAAAUUGUGGAGGACCUGCAAUUGAGUUUGAUGACAAAGAAUAUGAAGCCGAUGAACAUUUACGUGGAAUUUCAAACUUUGUUGAAAGUGCUGAUGGAAAAUGGGCUUAUAGCAGCACAGGAGUAUUUCUAGGAAAUGAAAAAGCUGAUUAUGUGGCAAGAAAUGUUUUCUCUUUGAAUAUUAAUGAGUCUUCUGGACACUACUACCAAACAGCCCGCAUUGCGCCGAUAUCUCUUAACUACUUUGGAUUUUGUAUGAAGAAGGGAAAUUAUAAUGUGAAACUUCAUUUUGCUGAGAUAAUGUUUUCUAAUGACCAGACUUUUAGCAGUUUUGGAAGGCGCAUAUUCGAUGUUUCAAUUCAAGGUCAUAAAUAUUUAAAAGACUUUAACAUUAUGGAAGAAGCCGGUGGAGUUGGCAAGGGAAUUACUCGGGACUUUAACGUUGAUGUUAAUGAUAGCACCUUGCAAAUCCACUUAUCAUGGGCAGGAAAAGGAACUAAUGCAGUCCCUAUGAGAGGUGUAUAUGGACCUCUUAUAUCUGCUAUCACUGUGACCCCAAACUUUAAAAUUCCUUCGAAUGGGUUGUCUGCCGGAGCAAUUGCUGGAAUUGUGAUUGGAUCAUUGGCACUUGUUUUGCUGAUACUUUUUGUUCUUUGGAAGAUGGGUUACAUUUUUCGGAAAGAUCAAACAGACAAAGAACUCCUAGAAUUGAAAACAGGUUAUUUCAGUUUGAGACAAAUUAAAGCUGCGACUAAUAACUUCGAUCCAGAAAAUAAGAUAGGUGAAGGAGGAUUUGGGCCAGUUUACAAGGGUAUAUUGUCAGAUGGUGCUGUGAUUGCGGUUAAACAGCUCUCGUCCAAAUCAAAGCAAGGGAACCGCGAAUUCGUAAACGAAAUAGGCAUGAUAUCUGCUUUGCAGCAUCCCAAUCUUGUGAAACUUUAUGGAUGUUGCAUUGAAGGAAACCAAUUGCUGCUUGUAUAUGAAUACAUGGAGAACAAUAGUCUUGCUCGUGCUCUUUUCGGUAAGCCAGAACAAAAGUUGAACUUGGACUGGCGCACGAGAAUGAAGAUUUGUGUAGGGAUAGCAAGAGGUUUGGCCUAUCUUCAUGAGGAAUCAAGGUUGAAAAUAGUACACAGAGAUAUUAAGGCAACUAAUGUCUUACUCGAUAAGCAUCUGAAUGCCAAAAUCUCUGAUUUCGGUUUAGCCAAGCUUGACGAAGAAGAAAACACUCAUAUCAGCACGCGAAUAGCUGGGACAAUAGGUUACAUGGCUCCUGAGUAUGCUAUGCGGGGUUACUUGACCGACAAAGCAGAUGUAUAUAGUUUCGGAGUUGUAGCUUUGGAGAUUGUUAGUGGAAUGAGCAACACAAAUUACAGGCCAAAAGAAGAAUUUGUUUAUCUUCUGGAUUGGGCCUAUGUUCUCCAAGAACAAGGAAACCUUCUGGAAUUGGUGGAUCCAAGUCUUGGUUCAAACUACUCAGCUGAAGAGGCCAUGAGAAUGCUGCAAUUGGCACUCCUUUGCACCAAUCCAUCUCCAACUCUUAGAGCACCAAUGUCAUCGGUCGUGAGCAUGCUUGAAGGAAACACUCCAAUUCAAGCGCCGAUAAUCAAGCGAAGCGAUAGUGCUAGUGGCGCAAGAUUUAAAGCCUUUGAGCUUCUAUCACAUGAUAGCCAAACUAAUGUUUCUUCAACAUCCUUACAAGAUAGUAGAGAGCUAAGAGGCAAAUCAAUGGAUGGACCAUGGGUUGAUUCUUCCAUAUCAUAUCCAAGUAAAGAUGAUUAUUCUUCAUCUGAUAGGCUUAUUUGAGAUUUGAUUGAUGUGUUAUUUGUAAGAUAGAGAGAGCAAUUCAUAUUAAAUGUUGAUUCUUUUGUAAAGUGUAUGGAAGAUUUUCAACAAUGUAUGUGGUUUUGAAAUGUAUGGAAGAUUUUCAUUAGUUCUUCCUAUAUAUUUGAAGGAAUUUAAUGUGUUGAAAUACUUAUUCAAAGUUCUAACUA